AUGUUUAUCCAUGGUUGCACGCUUGAGGCGAUAGUGAAUCACAUCAACGCUAAUCCAACUAUUUAUAAAACAAAGAAAAUUGUCCGAAAAGAAGCAGAAGCAGAAUACGAUGACAAUAUUGGAGAUCCUAAACAGCCUUUAACACUAGAUCAAUUGAGUGUUGCUCAGUUUGAGCAUAUUGAAGUGGAUAGCGAGAAUAGUACGGUGUUGAUUGAAUUUACACCGACUGUUCCUUACUGUUUAAUGGCAACGUUGAUCAACUUUUAUAUUAGAGCACGCUUACUGCACGUUGAUAUUGAAAUACGUAAAGAAACUUAUCAGUAUGAAGGAGUAGUGAAUAAGCAAUUGAAUGACAAGGAAAGAGUAGCAGCUGUGCUGGAAAAUAAUCAUUUAUUGGAAGCUGUCAACACUUUUCCUUCUAUUACAUAUUUAUAA